AUGGUCGGUCCACCCGUGGGCGCCCGCGAUCGCUUUUGUCACCAGCACGCCACACUGAUCUCGCCUACGGACGAGGACAUAGUCCAGCAGGUGCCACUGACGCGACCGAGGAUGCCUCCAGGUGGCCUUCUCUCGCUCCGGCAGACAGAAGAACGUGUUCGUCAGGAUGAGGUGGUGUUCUGCGCAGGUGCGGAGGAGAAACAGUUUGUUGUCGUUGGGGCCGCAGAGACCAUGGGGACUCAGCACUCCUCUUCAGACAGCAUGGUCUGUGCCGACGCGGACAUUGAAGUCUGCGAGGACAAUCAACUUGUCCGACUUCGACACAGUCGCCAGGAGGGCGUGCAGGUCCUCAUAGAACUGGUCUCUUGCGGCAACGUCGGGGCUGCUAAUCGGUGGAGCAUAGGCGCUGAUAAUGGUGGCGAAUUUGCCCCUACGCCGGAGAGGUAG